AUUAUAAGUGAAGUAAUUGUUUAUGAAUAUUUGAUGUGAUUGGUUAAUUGUCACAAGUUAAUGUAAUAAAUCAGCAUAGUAUAUCCAAUAUAAAUGUAACACUAAUUCAUGAAUAUAUACCUAUUGCAUUGAAAUUAUGCAAAAAGAUGAUUAUCCUACUAUUGAUUUGUUUCUUUCUUUAUAUUGAAAGAAUCCAUACAUCUGGUGUUGUUGUGGAGGAACAGUUUCCUAAAGUAAUACUUAUUUCUCUUGAUGGAUUUCGUUAUGAUUACUUUGAUAUGGCUAAGCAAAGAAAUAUAAGCAUGUCAGCAUUUGAUAUGAUUAUAAAUCAAGGAGUUUAUAUAAGACGUAUAGAAAAUGAAUUUCCUACUUUAACAUUCCCAUCACAUUUUUCAAUUGUAACAGGAUUGCAUCCUGGAAGUCAUGGAAUAGUAGAUAAUGUGUUUUAUGAUCCAACACUUAAUGCAACAUUCUCAUCGAGAAAUCAGUCUACAGCAUCAGAUUCUAGAUUCUAUGAUGUUGGUGCUGAACCGAUUUGGGUAACGAAUCAGUUUCAUGGUCAUAAAAGUGGAGUGACUUUCUGGAUUGGAAGUGAGGCGAUAAUCAAAGGUGAGAGACCAACUCAUUAUCUAACACCUUACAAUGAAAACAUUACAUUCACUCAGCGAAUUGAUAUUUUGAUGGAUUGGUUUGAACAUGAAAAUAUUAACCUUGGUCUUAUGUAUUAUCAUCAACCUGAUAGAGCAGGACAUAUAUAUGGAGCGGGAAGUGACGAGGUUUUCAAAGCUAUUGAGGAGAUAAAUCAUGGACUAGAAUACCUCUUGACAUCGAUUGAAAAUCGACCAUCACUUAGUUGCUGCCUCAAUCUGAUUAUAACAAGUGAUCAUGGAAUGACGAAUAUCCAAAUGAGUAUAUAUCUGCUCCUAAGAUGUCAGCAGAAAUCUGGACACUUUGGCCAAAGCAGGGUAAGUCUUACUAUCAACGUUUAUAAAAACCUAGGCUAUACUGUGCGAUCAUUAUACGACAAAUUGAAAGAUCGACACUUCAGAUUAAAUGUCUAUUUGAAGGAAGAACUGCCAACACGUUUCUUUUAUGGUUCAAGUGAUCGAGUUGGUCCUGUUGUUGUAUACGCAGAUAUUGGAUGGACGAUUAUUGCUGACAGAACGUCUGGGAUAACCGUGAAAAAUAAAGGUGCUCAUGGUUAUGAUCCCGAUUACAAAGAAAUGUCUCCAUUUUUAAUGGCGAUAGGACCUCAGAUAGCUAAAAUUCAACCAACAGAGUUAAAAGAAACAAUCAAGCUGAUUGAUAUUUACUCACUGAUAUGUCUCAUGCUUGAUUUGGGACCUGCUCCGAAUGAUGGUAGUGUUUGUCGAGUUCUUCCCUUAUUGAGUCAAGGAAGCUUCGCCAAUAUCAACAAAUCAUCCAUCAUAUUCAUCAUCAAAUUUAUUAUUCUAAGUAUUUUCAUGGUACACAAUGGAUUAUAUUAUUGAAAUAAUAAUAAAUAAUAAACUGUUCUACUGAAUGAAUAACUGUUGCCAUGACAACUGACUGCGUAACUGUGAACAACAACAGUUGUGGGUUAAUACUCAGAUUACAUAAUUGUUUUCAUUUGAUAAGUGAUACGUUUGUUAUUUUUGACAUUUUUAUUCUUCAGAAUAUCAUCGUUUAUGCAUUAUAUGAAAUGGUGUAAAUCAUUAUAAAACAUGACCAAUAUUUUAAUUAUUUUUCCAACCUGUAACAUGAUUGUAGAUUGCUAUUCUGUGAACUGUAUACAAAAAAAUGUAAUGAUAUAUUAUUAAUAUAUCAUACUGUACUUGCUUACUACUUACAAGCGUAAGUAAGUAGUAUGGACAUCAUGAUACACCUAUUCAUUUUUAAUCAUCAUCGUAGUUACAGUCACCGGAAAAUAAAAUAUCUGGGGACAUCUCCGCAACAAGGGGACAUUCAACAACGAGUCAAGGCUCUUUUGUAUCUUCUGAACACACUCACUUACAAGCAAAAGUCGAAGAUUUAAAUGCGUGAGACAGUGUGGAAUUAACGCAUUCGUUGAUCAUUAUCAAAGUCUAUGUCGUCUAAUAAUAUACUCAUGCCGGACAUUGUUCGUUGCCAUCAGUAAUUUAAAUGCAGCAGUAGCAGUCCUACAUGAUCAGCCCAGUAGUCCGGUACUGUCUGUUACGGAGACAUGCUCUAUACAUGGUCCAAGUCCUAUUAACCCCGAUAACGAAAGUGCAAACAGUGGAUCAACCUGUUUACAGAAAGACAAUGUUUUGCUAAAUGCUUAUGAAAGUGCUACAGUACCCACGCAUGAAGAAGUGGGAAACAAAUCGAGCAAUAUUGUUAAUACAGUGGAGCCAAAUGAAACUAGUAAUAAUGCUAAAAAUGUUUCUAAUGAAUCUAAUGAUC